GUAGGAGCGCUCGUUCGUAAGCGUGACUUGGAAGUUCCAAUUGCAGUUGAAGAGCUAAAGUUUCGUCCUCUUCUUUUUUCAUGUUCAGUCACGCUUCAGUGUCCUGACAUGCUACUUGUUACAAAUAAUGUUUAUUUAAAUCGAGAAAAGAAAAUAAUUAUUUGGACACGCACUCCCAACGGAUGACGCUUUAAGAGAUAAAAACCUCACAAAUAUAUUGUUUUCAUCAUUACCAUAAGAAAAAGUCCAAACAAAAAAUGGAACUACUGGUAGUUCUUUUGAAGCGUUCACGUAUAGUACAUCUUAUGUUUGCCAUUACAUUCUUCACAUCUGGAUUAAUAAUAAAUUUCUUCCAAUGCAUUCUAUAUUUUGGAUUGAGGCCUUUUUCUAAAUAUUUGUAUCGCAAGAUUAAUUAUUAUCUUUGUUAUUCAUUUUAUAGUCAAUUAGUAUUCGUAGCAGAGUGGUGGGCAGCAGCUGAUGUUAUUUUGUACAUUGACAAAGAUGAUUUUGAAAAAUAUUAUGGGCGAGAACAUGGUUACCUUUUAAUGAAUCAUAGUUAUGAGAUUGACUGGUUAGUCGGAUGGGUAUUCUGUGAUCGUGUUCAAUUGCUUGGAAAUUGUAAAGCUUAUGCUAAAAAAUCAAUUCAAUACAUCCCAACGCUUGGGUGGGCAUGGAAAUUUGCUGAAAGCAUUUUUCUAGAAAGAAGAUGGGAUAAAGACAGAGAAACUAUUGGUGCUCAAAUAAGAGAAUUAGCUGAUUAUCCUGAUUUUAUGUGGUUAUUACUGUAUGCAGAAGGUACACGUUACACACCUGAAAAAGCUGAAGCUAGUCAGAAGUUUGCACAAGAAAAAGGUCUACCUGUUUUAAAACACCACUUAACACCUCGCACAAGAGGAUUUACUGCUAGUAUUCCCCAUAUGAAGGGCAAAGUUAGUGGGAUAUAUGAUAUUCAAUUAGCAUUCAAAUCGACAGAUAUCAAGCCUACCAUUACAAAUCUUUUGCUUGGAAAAGCAGCUACAGCGCACAUGUACAUGAAUAGAAUACCCCUUGAAAGUGUACCAGAAGGUGAUGAAGCAGCAGCCCAAUGGUUACAAAAUAUUUACCAAGUUAAAGACAAAAUGGCCGACAGUUUUGCCAAAACUGGAGACUUUUUUGCUACGAGUGGCGUGCCUAGAGUAGAACCGUUCAGAUUGAAAAGAAGAUAUUGGUCUCUAAUUAAUAGUUUAGCUUGGGCAGUCAUUGUCCUUGUACCAAUGCUGUAUUAUCUUAUUAGGCUUCUCUUAUCAGGUUCAACUAUGUACUUCUCGAUAGGAGCUGGAAUUAUAAUUUUAUUUUUUAUAUUAAUGAAUAAAACCAUCGAGAUGUCGGAGAUAAGCAAGAGCUCGUCGUAUGGAGCAGCAGAAACAAAAAAAGCAAAAUAAGAGCCUAUUCAUUUUAUAGUGACGCGCAAAUGAGAAGAUGAUUUUUUUCU